UGCCCCAAAACAUUGUCGGCCAACCGCCAUUGAACGAGAAAAAGAAAAACAACCAAACAAUAAUGCUGCUGGCUUGUAAUAUGUCCUUCAUCCUGCUGAGUGCAGCAUCACGCUGACAGACUUCAGCCGAGGAAGUGAGCUGUGUUGCUUUCCUGCGGAAGUGACAAUACACUCAGCACCGUAGAAGCAAACAACUCACUUAUUAAGGUUUUGUGCGAACAAGUUGUGAACAUAGACCACAGUUUAUAUUUGUCCUGUGACGUGUUGAUUGUGAACACAAGGAGAAGAGAAUGGGUCGUAAAGUGACCUUGUCAACAUGCUCUUUAAAUCAGUGGGUUCUGGACUUUGAAGGCAACGCGGAGAGAAUAUUGAAGAGUAUCGAGGUAGCAAAGGCAAAUGGAGCCAAAUAUCGGCUGGGUCCAGAGCUGGAGAUAUGUGGGUAUGGCUGUGCAGACCACUUCUAUGAGUCAGACACGCUGCUUCACAGCUUUCAGGUCCUGAAGACUCUUCUGGAAUCCCCAGUUACCCAGGACAUCAUCUGUGAUGUGGGAAUGCCUAUCAUGCAUCAUAAUGUACGCUACAACUGCCGUGUCCUCUUUCUGAACAGAAAAAUCCUGCUAAUCAGACCUAAGAUGCUGAUGGCCAAUUCUGGCAUCUACAGAGAGAUGCGUUGGUUCUCACCUUGGAGUCGGUUAAGACAGGUGGAAGAGUAUUUCCUGCCCAGAAUGAUCCAGGAAGUAACCGGCCAGGACACUGUCCCAUUUGGGGAUUGUGUGCUGUCCACUAAGGACACAUGUAUUGGCACGGAAAUCUGUGCAGAGCUCUGGAAUCCCAACAGCCCUCAUAUUCAGAUGGGGCUGGAUGGUGUUGAAAUCUUUACCAACUCUUCUGCCAGCCACCAUGAGCUCCGUAAAGCGGACCAAAGAGUCAACCUCAUCAAGUCAGCCACCACCAAGAGUGGAGGGAUCUACCUGUAUGCCAACCAGAGGGGCUGUGAUGGAGACCGGUUGUACUAUGACGGCUGUGCCAUGGUGGCCAUCAAUGGAGGGGUUGUAGCUCGUGGAGCACAGUUUUCCCUUGAUGAUGUGGAAGGACAACAGAAACCUUGCUAUAGGAUCAAAGUAGAUUUUUCUUUAUCGAGCUCUAAUGAUGUCUACCUCCCCACACACCAGCCAAUACAGUGGAUGUUUCAUACACCAGAGGAAGAGAUCAGUCUAGGGCCAGCCUGUUGGCUGUGGGACUACCUGAGGAGAAGUUGCCAGGGUGGUUUCCUUCUGCCUCUGAGCGGCGGUGUUGACAGCUCCUCCACUGCCUGUAUCGUCCACUCUAUGUGUGUGCUGCUGUGCCAGGCUGUGGAAGACAGCAACAGCCAGGUGCUGAAGGAUGUUCGCAGAGUGGUUGGAGAUGACUCCUACACACCGCAGAACCCAAAGGAGUUGUGUGCUCGCCUCUUUACCACCUGUUACAUGGCCAGUGAAAAUUCCUCCCAGGAUACAUUCCGCAGAGCCAGGGACCUGGCAGGGGAGAUAGGAAGCACACAUGUGAAUAUUAACAUAGAUGUGGCUGUCAAAGGCAUUCUGGGUAUCUUUUCAGUGGUAACUGGACGGUGGCCGCAGUUUCGUGCAAACGGUGGAAGCAACAGAGAGAACCUGGCUCUGCAGAAUGUGCAGGCCCGGGUCAGGAUGGUCUUGGCCUAUCUUUUUGCCCAGCUGAGCUUGUGGGCCCGUGGUAGACCUGGAGGACUGCUGGUUUUGGGCUCAGCCAACGUCGAUGAGAGCCUUACAGGAUAUUUCACCAAGUAUGACUGCUCCAGUGCAGACAUAAACCCCAUUGGUGGAAUCAGCAAGAUGGAUUUGAAGAGCUUCCUUGCUUACUGUGCAGAGCAGUUCCAGCUUACCUCUUUGAGAGGCAUUCUGGCUGCUCCCCCCACUGCUGAACUGGAGCCUCUGAAGGACGGACGGCUGUCCCAGACAGAUGAGUCAGACAUGGGAAUGAUGUAUUCUGAGUUAUCGGUGAUUGGAAGGCUGCGGAAGAUCUCAAAGUGUGGACCCUUCAGCAUGUUCUGUAAGCUCAUUCAUCUGUGGAGGGAUGUCCUUUCACCUACUCAGGUGGCCCAGAAGGUGAAGCACUUCUUCAGGAUGUACUCGGUGAACCGCCACAAGAUGACCACAGUGACUCCUUCCUACCAUGCUGAGAGCUACAGUCCUGAUGACAACCGCUUUGACCUUCGACCUUUCCUCUACAACACACACUGGAACUGGCAGUUCCAGUGUAUUGAUAACCAAAUUUCCCAGAUGCCAGCAAGCCCAGCUGACGGGGACCAGGGAAGGCUUGAGGAGUAGAAAAACCCCACAGCCCUGUUCUCUCUGUCCAGGGUGUGUUUGUAUCUCUGCAGUGGCUCAAAUCCAGAACACAUUUCCUUCAGCUGUUUCAAAAGUUCAGGAGCUCACCAUGUCUGAACACAUUAAAAACGUGUUAAGCAUUUUAAUGACAAGUGUCAUUGGAUUUUCAGAGUUAUAUCCUGCUUACUUCUGUUCUGAACCAGAAAACUAACUAUAAAGACUCAGGUAGCUUUUGCACCUGGUAUCCAUCAGUGUCUUCCAUGUUAGCACACACAGAGCCACGUCAGGUUAUGGUUCUGAAACAUUUUCUAUAUCUUAAACUGUUAUUACUUGGAUGCUACCACAGCUUAGAUUCAUCCCAGUGUUAUCUUAUUGACUUUUUUUCAGCUACACAACUCUUAAUGAGCUUAAUAAUGCAGCAUAACUCACUGCAUUACUGAUGUACAUUAUCCUGAAAUUAUGCUUUUUAUUUACAGUUGAAAUUAAAGUUACAGUUACCACUGAUGAUUUUGGGAUAUUUUCAGGAGACUUAUUGUAGCUGUUGAAUUUGUAAUGUGUACGCAGAUGUGCUAAAUAAAUCUCUUGGUUGGCCUGAUCAGAGAAGAACAGA